AUGGCCUCAUCCGUCGCGCAAAAGCGCUUAUUUCACGAAUACAAACUGCUCUCGACUUCUCCACCCGACGGAAUCACCGCCGGGCCCGUUAGCGAAGAUGAUAUGUUUAUAUGGGAAGCUUUGAUCCAAGGCCCAGAAGGCACACCGUUCGAGGGCGGAAUUUUUGCCGCCGAGCUCAAAUUCCCAAAGGAUUAUCCGCUGAGUCCGCCUUCGAUGAAAUUCUUGGGCGGAGGGGUCUGGCAUCCAAAUGUAUACCCGAACGGCUCGGUGUGUAUUUCAAUUCUGCACCCACCCGGCGAUGAUCCAAAUCACUACGAGCACGCCUCGGAGCGCUGGAGUCCGAUACAGAGCGUGGAAAAGAUUCUGAUCAGUGUUAUGAGCAUGCUGGCCGAACCAAAUGACGAGAGUCCCGCGAAUGUCGAAGCUGCCAAGAUGUGGAGAGAAAGGAGAACAGAUUAUGAGAAAAAGGUUAGAGAGGAAGUGCGACGGAGCUUAGGGCUUUAA